AACACUCAACACUCUUCCCGCCGAGUUUUUUUUCGCUGAUCACUCCCUGCAUUUUACGUUGUUUGUGUUGUAACUUGAAAUAUCUUGCUCGGCAUCACCAUCAUCAUCAUUAAUAAUAAUAAUUGUAAUAUUGGAAAAACUAACAACUUAAUGAAUCCAUCAACUGCUCCAAAGGAAGCCAUUUUGAGCUCCAUUCCUGCUCAAUACUUCCCUCUCACUAUUGUUAUUGGCACAAUUUCUACCAUUGCUACAACAUAUACCUUGUCAACUUCUCAAGGACAUACCAAACCAUUCCCAUACACUGAUAUUACUCACACAGCAAGAUUUACUCCAGAAAGAUAUGUCUUUCGUGUUGGUAUGCUUGCUAUGGCUGUGGUCAUGGCAUGGAACUGGAAUUUGCUCUAUACUUGGUUGAGAAAUGUACAACAACAAAUCGAUACUCUCCAAAAAAGAGUCAAGCUCAUCAAGGAACAUAAUGAACAUAGCCACAGUGUAUUGAACACAAUUCUCAUGAUGAAUCCACCUUCUAAUCAUCUUCUCAACAUUAUUUGGUACUUGGGUAUUGGUGCUUCUGUUGCUAUUACUAUUUCUUCCAUGUGUAUUACUUCUAAUAGUGAUAUGCCUUGGACCAUGCACGUUAUUGCUGCUUCAAGCUUUUUCAUUUUCUGUCUCGUUGCUCAAGGUAUUACCACCUACAAGUCAUACAAAUUAUAUCAACAAUUGAAUCAUGUCAGAGAGGAAUCAAGUGCUGACGAAAGUCUUGCCGAAAUCUCUGCUGAUGCUCAAAGUCUUACCUUCAUGACCAAGAAAUCAUUGUACUUGAAGAUUGGUAUUACUGGUCUCAGUAUUGCCAUGUUGAUGGUCAAUAUAUUGAGCAGUGUUGCUGCUACUUCUGGACAAGGUGCUUCCACCACUGGUUUUGGAAAUGUUCAACAACAAGUUAGUCUCUCAAAGUUGAAUCUCAAUUCUCAUAUUCCAACAACAUCUCAACAACAAACUGUUAUUGAAGAUAUUCAUUUGAAAACAACAACUAGCAAUAUUGUUGAAUGGACCUGUACCUUGUUGAUUGUCAUUUACAAUAUCACCUUUGCUAUGGAUUGGAGUAGUUGUAACUUGUUGACUUCUAUUGGUCAAAUUAAUACCCCACAACCAAAGCAAACACCAGUUCAACAAACACGUAACUUUGGAGUUACUCCAUCUCAUCAUGCUUACAAUUCUAGUAGAUACGGUCAAUACGGUCUUGUGCCAAAUCAUGAUCCUGCUACAGAAAUGUCAGAUGUUACAAACUCUGGACGUACUGUUCAACAACAAGCUGUCUAUGUCUUCCCAUCUUCUGUUUCUUCCAAGCAAGACCAAGAUUGUACUCCUGUUGUUACUUCCCUCUAUCCUGCAACUUAUAACAUUCAAUAAAACAUCGUGAUGAUUC